GGUAACACUAUAAUUAAAAAACCUAUUGCCGUUCGGUUUCUGCGCGCGCAUGUCUCGUUCCCUCGCAAUCGCAUAAAUUUUCGAAGUCUGCGCUUCGUAGGAUAAUGGCUUCGAUUACAAAUUCGAAGCCCGCAGAAGUGAACGGUGAAUGUCCGUGUUAUUCAAGUAAAAGAUAUAAAAUGGAAAAUAACAAUAAAGUGACUGUUGUCUUGGGUGCCCAGUGGGGUGAUGAGGGAAAAGGAAAAGUGGUGGAUCUUCUGGCUAUGAACUCGGACAUCGUGUGCCGCUGUCAGGGAGGAAACAAUGCUGGCCACACCGUUGUGGUAGAUGGAAAGGAGUUUGACUUCCAUCUGCUUCCUAGCGGUAUUAUCAAUACGAAAUGUACUUCAGUUAUAGGUAACGGCGUGGUCAUUCACCUGCCGGGGCUGUUCGAGGAGCUGAAGAAGAACGAGCUCAAGGGAAUGAAAGGAUGGGAGAAACGGCUCAUCAUCUCCGACAGAGCGCACAUAGUAUUCGACUUCCAUCAGCAGGUGGAUGGUCUCCAAGAAGCCGAGAAGGGGAAGAACUCGCUCGGUACGACUAAGAAGGGCAUCGGCCCGACGUACUCGUCGAAAGCCACUCGUAACGGUAUCAGAAUAGGCGAUCUACUCGGCGACUACAGUAUUUUUGAGGAUAAAUUCCGAACAUUAGCAGCGAACUACAAGAGAAUGUUUCCGUCUCUCGAGCUGGACAUCGAGACCGAACUGGCCAGGUACGGCGACUACGCGGCUAAGAUACGGCCCAUGGUCAGGGAUACAGUAUUGUAUCUUCACACCGAAAUAAAGAAUGGCAAGAAAGUUUUAGUCGAAGGUGCCAAUGCCGCCAUGUUGGAUAUUGAUUUCGGCACCUACCCCUACGUGACGUCAUCGAAUUGCAGUAUCGGUGGAGUGUGUACGGGUCUCGGUCUUCCGCCCAAUCUAAUUGGCGACGUACUCGGAGUGGUCAAGGCUUACACCACUCGGGUUGGAGAUGGACCAUUCCCUACAGAAUUGCAUGAUGAGACGGGCGAGCUGCUGCAGUCGCGCGGGCACGAGGUGGGCGUGACUACGCGGCGCGUGCGGCGCUGCGGCUGGCUCGACCUCGUCGUCGUGCGCUACACCGCCACCGUCAACGGGUACACCUCAUUAUGUCUAACGAAACUCGACAUUUUGGACACAUUGAAAGAAAUCAAAGUCGGUGUCGCGUACAAAUUGAACGGAAAGAAAAUUGAUUACUUCCCUUCUUCGAUGGCCGAAUUGAGUAAUGUUGAGGUAGAAUACAUGACACUGCCGGGCUGGGCGUGCAGUACUGAGGAUGUCAGAGAGAUGUCUAAAUUACCGGAAGCGGCGAGUAACUACGUCAGAACCAUUGAAGACUUCCUACAGAUACCGGUGAAAUACAUCGGUGUGGGACAAGGUCGGGAGUCGAUCAUCAACGCGAAUUAAAAGCGGAACCAUUCGCGUGGUUUAGAAAAUUGUUGUGUUUCGUCACGUCUGUAGCAGAUCUCUCGUCUUUCAGGAGCGUUUGACUAUUUCAUAUUAUUUUAAAUAUAUAUUACAAGUAUACUUUAAAUAAUUACAUCGUUCUGUCAUAAUUGUUAUGAAACCAGAUAGAGAACGCCUUUACGGGCCUUUAAACGAUAAGCUAAAUAUAAUUGUUAUGUUAUUGUUGUAUUGAGUGGAGAUUCUUGCCAGACGAUUUUUAUCAUUCCCUCGCCCCUUGCAAUAAACAGUAUAAAAUAUAUACUAUCACUGAUAACUUGUUAUCGAAAGGAUGAUCAUAAUUAUAUUAAUUCCAUUUGCUGACUAAAACCUAAUUUAAAAUGUUAUGCGUUAUAUUCGGGUGAGAUGAUAUAUAGAAAUUAUUUAAAAGUAAAAAAUGAUUAAAAUUGUAUCCACUCAUACUAACAAGUUAAAUAAGUUAAACAAGUUAAAUAAGUGGUUGAUGCUGUGAAUAGCUCUCAAUUAAUAUUUGAACUAAAGUACAUUCCACGAAACGAGCUCCUAAAGGAAAUUACCCUUGCGCGCCUUCAUUGGUCAAUCUAUUUCGUAGGAUUGUUUAUUGUGCCGGAUUCGUCUCGCUUAACUCUAGCCGCGCGCAUCGACCAAUGAGGUGCGAGUAUUAUGUUCCUUUGGAGUUCGACUCGUGAAAUGAACAAUAAAUAUAUUUAAUGUAUAAAUAGUCAAACGCUCAAUAAAUGUUAUAUUAAAUCGUCAAUUUUUCGAUUAUUUCGAAAAACAAAUGCCGUUUUAGAUAAAGAAAACAUAGAUGCCGAUUUUACUAUCACGUAGAAGCAGUAUUUUAUAUUUUAAAA